AAGCUAACGGCUUCAAACCGAAAACAACAGGCAAGUGGUAAACGCGCGAAAAGAAAUUCGAAAUUCUACAUUCUCCAUUCUCUGCAUUCGAUAUUCGCGGAACCAACGGAACCGUUGCAUUCGAACGGCAAACAAAGCGCGGGCGGCAAACAAAAAACCCACACAAAAGGCAUUGCAAAUACGAUUCGUUUGCGGUUUAUUUAUUUUUUUGAGCGUGUGUGAUCGAAAUUGAGAAGAAAGUGCAGAAACAAUGGCGUUCAUGAUGCCGGUGAUGAAGAACAAUUAUGAUAUCUACAAGGACACGCGCUCACGCAAGACCUCCGAGUGCUCCAAUGCGAGUAGUAACGGGACCACGGCCGUGGGCACUGCCUUGGGCACACCCACAACAGCCACCGGCAACCAGCAGCAACAGCAGCAGCAGCAGCGACGCCGCAAGGUGUCCGAAUGCAAGUCCGAAAGUUUUGCCACCUCCCCCUCACACGGCCAGCUGGGUGGGGGCGGCAAUGGCCACCGCAUGCAGAUGCAGCGGUGCCAGAGCUCGCGCACUUUCCCGCGAAACGCAUCGCGGAGCUCGAACGGCUCCAUGAUGCUGAUUAUGUCCCCAACGCGGUCCAGCCCCCUCAGCCGCACGCAAACGGCCUCGGCCCUGGAGCGCCAGGCGGCGGCGACGGCUCAAAGUCAGAAUCAGAGUCAGCAGAGCUGCAAGCAGAGCAACGGAAACGGCAGCGAUGUGAAUGCGACAUCGACCGCCAGUAACGAUUAUACCAAAUUCCACUUGCGUCUUGUUGACAAGCUCCGCAAAUCCUUCCGCAAGGACAGCGGCAAGCGCUCUUGAGAGCGGGCCCAUAAGCAGCAGCAGAACAGCAAUAUCAGCAACAACAACAACUACAAUGCCAGCGGCAGAGCUGUACAUCGCCCCAGCCACAACAACAACAACAACGACAACCACAACUGGGAGGAAAUAGAAGCAGCAGAAGACGAAGAAGGGGAAAGAGCAUCAGUACCUGCGAGAGGGGGAGGGAUGAUCAGUCGAAUGGGGCGACGCUUCAGGCGCUACUAUCAAUUCUUCUCCCACGCCAGCGUCGUGCCACCGCAGCUGGCGUUGGCUCUGGAGCUAGACAGAGAAGCGACCAGCAGCUCUGUCGAGCAGCUAACAGGCGGCAGCAGCAGUCCCUACCGUCGACGUAACCGUCGACGCAGCAGCAUCGGCAGCGCCAGUCGGCUAAAGAUGCGUGUGCGUCGCUCCACCUCCUCGCCAGACUAGGGAAAGGGACCGCAGCAGCAAAGCGAAUGCAGCGAGGGUGACAAACAAAAAAGAGAAAGAGAAAAGGAAAAAGAUGAGUGGAGGAGACAGCCAGCGAGUGGAUCGGCGAGAGACCCCCUCAAAACCGAUGCGAGUGAGUGAGUGGGUCGGCGAUAGUUGGCGGCGGUUGUUUUGCUGAAUAAUAUAAUAAUACAUUUUACUACUCAAUUUUUUUUUUGUAUUCGGUGUACAAAUGAAAACUAUAACUAUAAAUUCAUUUUAAAUAUUAUACAUAUGUAUGUAUGUUCGUGUUUAUAUGUAUGCUUUUGUGUGUGGCAAGGCUUCCAAGUAGUGUAUUUAGAUCCCUACCCAAAAAAGACCCUCUCCGGCCACGCAUUGCGGUGUUGCUUUGAUAAAAAAUGAAAUUUACACAAAACAAAUUGCAACUGCCAAAUUGCAUUGUAUAACAGUAUAACACUAUAACAAAGACCCACACAGACACACAAAAAAGGAUAGUACAACAAAUGUUCGAUAAAGAAAACUAUAUUGUAUCGUUAAAUUGGUUAUACAUAUAUGUAUAUAUGUAGAUUACAUAAUCUGUAAGCGCAAAUAUUGACAAUAUAUGUAUGUACUACAUAUGGGCACAAACACUUGUGGUCAACAAAAACAAAA